AUGAACCACAUAUUCUGGAACACAGUGCACUAUAUAAUUAAAAGCAGCUUUUUAAUUAGAACGUCUAAAAGGAGUACACUUCAUAGUUUCGGAUCAUGGGAAACCAGUGAAAGCGUUAGAUUAAGCGAUGGCCGACACUUAACCAGGGAUUUGAUUACAAAACGCAGUCGGUCACCCAAUUUCAGGACAACAUGUGGUUUGGAUGUUGGGUCAUUAUUUAAAUUGUACCAUGCUAUGAACAGGGAUUCCCUCUUGUUAGAAUAUUAUUGUGAGAAACAUCAAAUUAUUUGUUGUAAGUUAAUGGUGGGCUCUAAGAUCGUCCCGGCUCGCCAAGUGGCAGCUUCUCAUAGAACCAAAGUUCAUGUCAUGGAUGGAUCGAUUGCACCAGAAGGACAUGCAAACCUUCAAGUUGUGGAGGAAGACCUUCGUGAUAGUAAUAAUAAGGGUAGCAAAUUAACCACUGCGUCUUACAAGGUUAAGAAAAGGUCUUACAAGAACCUCAUUUUUGUCCGCGCUAUAAUUGUUGAAGGCAGACUUUGUCGUCGAUGUGAUUUGCGAAGUGAUGUUCGCUGGGCAGGAUUUAUGAAGGGAAGGUUGGGCCAGAUUAUGGGCAGCCAUUUUGGGCCCAACUGUAACGAAUCUAAGCCUAUUAAUCCAUAUGGUGGGAGUUGUUUAGAGCCUGUUCCUCGCGAGAACAGGAUUGUGAGUCAAAACAAAGCCUUGUUGAUUUCGUUGUUUCUCGCUCUCAAAUUUUUCGCGCUCGAAAAGGAACCCUAA